GACGCGUAUCCCACGUAUCCUAGGCAUCGACAGCUGGGUCGAUAGAAUUUGUGUUUCUGCACUUUCAGCCGGUUAUUUCUCGGCCGCGUUGACUAUCUCUCGCCGACGCGCUCGACGUUCGUCCGUCGAUUCUCAUUCUCGGACCGCGUAUUUCAGAGUUUUUCCAGCGGCCGGUCGUGCGCCCCGAGAACACGCGCUAUUCACCCGUCAUGUCACACUUGAGAUUCAUGAAGGAGCUUGAUAAUCUGACCCGCAUGGACGACGCGAUCAAAGGCGCGGUCCCGCAAUGACAAACGAAAUGCAUGGAGGCGUCGAAUUUGAGCGUGAAUAUCAGCUUGAACUCGUCGAAGAAAGUUACGGGCUGCUCUUUCGCCAGCAGUACAUCGGGGAAGACCCCGAUAAAGAGGAGCGACUGCAAAACUAAGAAAACUCCCUCCAAAUGCACCAAGAAAUCGCCAAAUAAGAUGCCUCAUGUUUAUACGUUGCUGAAAAAAACGAAAUUUCAAUUGCCUCUCACAGGUGACAGAUUCAUCCCGUCGAGAGCCACAACUAAUUUUGAAUUAAGUCACUUCAAAAUUCUUCAGCAACAGAAUGCCGAACAAGAUAAAGACCGAGCCGACAGAACGUGCCCUAUGAAACGGGAGAUGCAGCGUCUCAUAGGAGAGAAUCUUCACGGUCGCGACAUAAACAAUACGAGGGUUUUGUCUUAUCAGAUUAAAGCACCAGCGCCGUCGAAGGGAUAUCAGAAUCCCCUCAAGGUCCUGUACAGUCAAACUAAGACGCCGGCUAGCGUCAGAGGUUCCACGAGAUACAUACCGCAGUCCCCAUACAAAACAUUGGACGCGCCUGAAAUUAUCAAUAAUUAUUAUCUAAACUUGGUGGAUUGGUCGAACAAUAAUAUCCUGGCCGUGGCGUUAGACGCUAACGUUUACUUAUGGAACGCCGGAACUGAUACUACAGAGCACCUAUUUGAAUUGGAGGCGAACGAUUACGUGUGUUCCGUCGCGUGGAUUCAGGAAGAAAGACCAUAUUUGGCAGUGGGUACCACAAAAGGAAAUACAGAAUUGUGGGAUUGCAAUUCGAUGAAGAUAAUGCGCGUCAUGAACGGACAUGUAGCCAGAGUCGGUUCUCUCUCCUGGAAUUCCCAUAUACUAUCAAGCGGUUGCAGGUCUGGUAAAAUAGUGCAUCACGACAUCAGGGAACGGGAUCAUUUGAUCGCGACUAUAAACGCACACGCUCGAGAAGUGUGCGGCUUGAAGUGGUCGCCCGAUGGGCAGUAUCUGGCGAGUGGCGGCAACGACGACAUGCUACAAAUCUGGUCGUCGAUCACCGGACAAAGGCACUCUCAGACACAACCUAUUUAUUCGUUCAAUCAUCAUCAAGCUGCCGUAAAAGCGCUCGCUUGGUGCCCUUGGCAAAAUAAUGUCCUCGCGAGCGGUGGCGGUACCGCCGAUCGUACCAUUAGGUUUUGGAAUUGCAACGUAGGUAGCUGUUUGAAUACGAUAGACACCAAGUCUCAGGUCUGCGCUUUGUUGUGGUCUACAAACUACAAAGAGAUCGUUUCUGGACACGGAUAUGCACAAAAUCAGCUGACAAUCUGGAAAUACCCAAUGAUGACGAAGCUCGCGGAACUUACCAGACACACCAGUCGUGUAUUGCAUUUAGCCAUGUCGCCGGACGGAACUACGGUGCUUAGUGCCGGUGCCGAUGAAAGGAUCAGGCUCUGGAAGUGUUUCCAAAUGAACCCGCAGAAAAAGAAAGACUGUAACGACGUAAAAUCAGUCGCGUCUAUACUUAAACAAUCGAUUCGAUAAAAUAGACACGUAGCGCAUGUUGCUUAGCAGUUAUUUCAAUCCUGGUUUUAAAAGCACUUUAUAAAAAUGUAUCCAAAU